AAUAACGUGUAAAAAGGAAUAGGUAGUUCAAAUAUACUAUUAUUAGGCCGGAUGUAGAAUCUGUCAAAUCUGUGGUUAGAUAGGUUAGAAUGUUGAUGUUUUUAUUUUAAGAUUCAGAAUUUUGCGGAAUAUUUUCAUUCAGUUUCUUUAUUAGCGAUGGAAUGUAAAGUUGAAAUUAAGAAUGAAGUUGAAGAGUAUGACCAUAACGAUAUAGAGCUAUCCACUUUAGUAGAUCUGGAUGAUUUGAAAAAUGAACCAGGAGAAGAUAACCCAGGUUGCCUCCAGGAGAACAACACAAUGAAAAUUAUCAAAACAACUGAACCUGCAUCUCCUAAAGAAACAUGUAGCAGUAGAAACACUGAAGAAACAACAUUAAAUAUGAAUCUUCAGACUGACCAAGGAUCCUACAUGUGUGAUAUUUGUUUAAAGCAGUUUAGUCAAGCGAGUAAUUUGAAAAGACAUUUGAGGAUACACACUGGAGAAAAACCGUACAAGUGUAAAAUUUGUUUGAAGGCAUUUACUGCACCACAUCAAUUGAAAGCACAUUUAAGAACGCACACUGGUGAAAAACCAUACAAGUGCGAAAUUUGUUUUAAGCAAUUUAGUGAAGCAGGAAAAUUGAAAAGGCACUUAAGAAUACACACUGGAGAAAAACGUUACAAGUGCGAAAUUUGUUUUAAGCAAUUUACUGCAGCACACCAUUUGAAAACUCAUUUAAGAACGCACACUGGAGAAAAACCAUACAAGUGCGAAAUUUGUUUUAAGCAAUUUAGUCAAGUAGGUACAUUGAAAAAGCACUUAAGUAUACACACUGGAGAAAAACGUUACAAGUGCGAAGUUUGUUUUAAGCAAUUUACUCACUUAGGUAAUUUGAAAAUUCAUAUGAGGGUGCACACUGGAGAAAAACCUUACAAGUGCCAUAUUUGUUUCAAGCAGUUUACUGCAACAAGUUAUUUGAAAACACAUUUUAAAUUGCACACUGGACAAAAACCUCACAAGUGCAAAAUUUGUUUUAAGCAGUUUCCCAAAAACGCCAUUUAACUGAACACAUUGGAGAAAAAUCUUACAAGUAGUGUAAAAUUUUGCUGUUGUGGUCUUCAUUUUGCUGUUGUGGCGAGCAGUCGUUUGUUAGAAGAUCCAUUGUACAAUGGUUUUGGUUUUAUGGUUUUUGUUGGAUUCUCUGCUUCUUUUCCGUACAUGGAAACUUUCCGUUUCUUCACAAGUACACAGGUUUACUUUCUGUUUGGAGGCUGCGAAUUUCUACAGCUUUCUCACCAUAAAUGGUCGAUGGUUAGACUUUUCCGGAAAUGAAUGGUUUCCUCGUAUCGUACGUGGAUAUAUGGGUCACAUUCCAUUGAACUGCGUAUCUACCACGGUGUGGCGAUCGCUGAUGUCAUUAUCAGCCAACUAAAAUCUUCAGUGGAGACUUUAUCCAGGAUUGUCUAUCGCUGCUGGUCAAAGAGCGGUAAAAUACACACACCCAAACUAUUAGGAUUUUAUUUUAAUAUGUAGAAUAAAAUCAUAAAUGGUGCUUUUUAAAUUUUAAUGAAAAACUUCUAUAUGACAAAUUAAUAUAUAUAACUAACUACUGUCAGACACACAGUGUACAUGAACUUAAAACUAUGCUUAAACUUACAGUUUACAUAUUAAUAAUAACUAUUUUUUCCAACACUCUCCCUUAAACUGUAAAGUGAGAACAUUAAGAAAUUAAACAUAUUGAAUUGAAUAUAAACAAUUGAACUACAUACACAUUAAAUCCAUAUUAUCCAAUAUAUAAAAAAUAUGACUACAAAAAAAAAUCUUUAGUUUCUGAUGAAUUCCAUGAUUAUGAAGAAAACAUGUUCCUCAUCACAACUAACUAACUGCUAAGUAACAUAAUCUGUUAAACAAUCGGGUGGACGUCUCUUCCUGAGUUGCCUUUUCCUAUCUUCCGAUUCAUGAGUAAAAUCUACAUCCGAAUCAGAGAAGUUUGUAACAUCAAUUGACUCCUGAUUUUCAUUAUCAAUUGAAUAAUCAUGAUUGAUAGUAAAUGAUUCAUCAAUUACAGACUCAUCACCAACAUUUUGAUUAAAUUCAUCAAUACAAGGUGUUGAUUCUAUUUUAACCUCAGGUUGAGUUGAAAUUGAAUUCUUUUCAUACAUUAGGUGUUCAAAAAAUACAACAUCUCUGAGUUUUUCUACUUUUCCUCUACAAUUGGGGUCAGCUAAUCUAUAGCCUUCAGUAUGUUCGUAUUACCCUACCAUAAUCAUGGGUUUAGAUUUAACAUCAAAUUUAACUCUAAAAUGCUUAGGUAUAUGAGCAUAUGCUUUACAUCCAAAUAUUCUUAAGUGACUCAAAUCAACCUUGGAACCAGUCCAUAAUUCUUCAGGAAGAGUACCAUUAAUAGCUGUAGUAUGGCUACGAUUUUUUAAAUAUAUUGCAGUAGCCACUG